AAAAAUUUCUCUAGCCUAGAUAAUUGAUUAAAAAAAUAAAGAUGUUUUUGAGCUGUGAAGAACUGAACUUAUUUGCCUAGCAUUUGCAUGUUGUUGAUGAUGAGGAAGUGUAGGGAGAAAGUAUGUUCUUACUGAGACAGUCGUGGCUUGAUUUUGUUGUUAAAGUGUAUUGAGCACGUGGGGACUAGUGGGAAGAAGCAGAAUGAGAAACUUCUCCCUUGUGAACUGUUUUUCUUCAUCUCCAGGAGGAUUCCUAAAUUGCACUAGAAGCAGUCCAGGGAGAAGCUGGAACAGCUCCAGUCUGGUCAUCGUUUGCUCACAACUAGGAAAUCCUGCUCCACUCCCCUGAAAGAAAACCCCCAUUUUCAGGGCUGAAAAUCUUCUGUUUCUGCCAGCAUGUCUUCCUGACUUAAAUCUCAUGUUUGUUAACAGAAAUGUGGAAAAAAUGCAUAAAAUGGAUUUGCUGUCUACUACUCUGCACAAUAAAUAUCCACAGUGGAUGCUAACACAAAGCCAGGAGGGAGUUUUGGGUGAUCAAAAGAAAUCUGCUGUUCAGAGGAGCGUUUUGGAAGAUGGGCUGCCGUUCCUGGAGUUCUGCGGCUCUGUCGUUUACAGCUACGAAGCCAGCGACUGUUCCCUUCUCUCAGAAGAUAUCAGGCAGAAUUUAUCAGACGGGGAUGCUGUUGGAUUUGAUAUCGAAUGGCCACCAUCCUAUACUAAAGGAAAAAUGGCAAAAGUAGCUGUCAUCCAGAUAUGUGUAACUGAGGAGAAGUGUUAUUUGUUUCACAUCUCUUCAAUGUCAGGUUUUCCCAAGGGACUCAAAAGACUGCUCGAAGAUGAAACAAUUAAAAAGGUUGGCGUAGGAAUUGAGGGAGAUCAAUGGAAGCUGAUGAGUGACUUUGAAAUCAAACUGAAGAGCUUUGUGGAGCUGGCUGACGUUGCUAAUGAGAAACUGAAGUGUAAGGAGAUAUGGAGUCUGAAUGGUCUGGUAAAACACCUUUUUGGCAAGCAGCUUUUGAAGGAUACGUCUGUCCGCUGUAGUAACUGGGAAGAGUUUCCACUCAAUGAGGAGCAAAAACUGUACGCAGCCACAGAUGCCUAUGCUGGCUUCAUCAUUUAUCAAAAACUGAAAAAUAUGAAUAACAGUGACGGGAAGUUACCUUGUGUAAGAAGAGAUGACGCGUUGUCAGAGGGCGUGAAGGAGCGCUUGACUGCGCUAGCUGAAGAGAUGACGAACCUGGCUUUUCACUUCCCUGACACUUCUGGACAACUUGAAAAUUUGCAGAGGGCUGCAGAAAUACUAGCUGACAUAUCGGAGAAUGUCAGUGCCUUAAGAAGCACACUGUUUGGUUCAGGUUCCCUUUCUGUACUGGAGAGGAACCGUGGCGCAACUCCAACAAAUCUUGAAGCGGAGUCAGCAAACGUUGAAGCGCAAAAAGUUGAAAUGCCUGAAUUUGCGAAUCAACUUGAAGGUGACUUCAACAUCUGCUCUGAUGCUACGCUAGCUGCCCUCUUGGAGGGAGAUGGUAAUGAAGAAGAGGCGAAGAGAGGCAAGGCUGUUGUGGAAGAUGGGGUUGCGGCAGCCAGCUCUAAGGACAAAGACAGAGAUGACUUCGUGUCGCUAGACAUUACUGAGCAAGAACUGCAGAUCUUGGAAUCUCAGGCUGCAAAAGAAUUGGGUGACGAUGCUGCGCCUGAGGAGGCGUGCUCCACAGACAACGAACAAAAUAUUUCCUGUGUCAUUGAAAGUGAUGAAGAACUGGAAAUGGAGAUGCUUAAAUCUUUAGAAGAUGUAGAUGAUUCCAAAGGAGGUUUAACUGGGAGAGAGUCCAAUAAAGCCAGGAAAACUCCUGACAUGGAACAGAACGUUGCACCGGAUGGUGAUGAAGAUGAAGGCAUUGAGGAAGAAGAGGAGGAAUCUUGGGAUCCGUUGCUGCCAGUACCUAGCGAAAGCCACAUCACGUGUCUGAAGACGUCUUUUGGGCAUUCUUCUUUUAAACCGGUCCAGUGGAAAGUGAUCAAUUCUGUUUUAGAAGACAGAAGAGAUAAUCUUGUUGUCAUGGCAACUGGCUAUGGAAAAAGCUUGUGCUACCAGUUUCCUCCUGUUUACACUGGAUAUACAGGAAUUGUCAUCUGUCCUCUGAUCUCCUUGAUGGAGGACCAGGUGCUGCAGCUGACAAUGUCAGACAUUCCAGCGUGCUUGCUUGGUUCGGCUCAGUCAAAAAACAUCAAACACUGUGUCACAGAGGGUCGGUACAGAGUCAUAUAUAUGACUCCAGAGUUUUGUUCAGCGAACUUAAAGCUACUUCAGGAUCUUGACCAAACUGUUGGAAUUACCCUCAUAGCUGUUGAUGAAGCUCACUGCAUUUCCGAGUGGGGCCACGACUUCAGAAAUUCCUUUAGAAGUUUAGGCUCAUUAAAGAAGGCUCUGCCAUCGGUUCCCAUUGUUGCUUUAACUGCAACUGCAAGUCCAUCGAUUAGAGAAGACAUAGUGAAUUGUCUGAACCUGAAGAAUCCCCAGGUCACGUGUACUAGUUUUGACAGACCGAACUUGUACUUAGAAGUUGGACGACAAAGUGGAGAUAUCCUUAGGGAUUUGAAGCAGUUCCUUACUAGGAAAGGAAGUUCUGUGUACGAGUUUGAAGGCCCCACUAUCAUCUACUGCCCUUCAAGAAGGGCCACCGACCAGGUCGUGUCCGUGUUAGUUAAACUGAACGUGGCCUGUGGCGCGUACCAUGCUGGUAUGGGAAUCGAACGAAGGAGAGAGACCCAUCACCGGUUCAUGAGGGAUGAAAUUCAGUGUGUUGUGGCUACGGUGGCUUUCGGAAUGGGCAUCAAUAAAGCAGAUAUCCGGAUGGUUAUUCAUUACGGUGCCCCUAAGGAAAUGGAAUCCUAUUAUCAAGAAAUUGGGAGAGCUGGUCGCGAUGGGCUUCCUGCUUCUUGUCACGUCUUGUGGACUGCCACAGACCUGAUUUUUAACAGACAUCUUCUAAGCGAGAUCCGCAAUGAGAAGUUCCGAUUGUACAAACUGAAGAUGUUGGCGAAAAUAGAGAAGUACCUUGUGUCGAGUAGCUGCAGGAGGAAAAUCAUCCUGUCGCAUUUUGAAGACAAACAACUCCGAAAGGUUUCCUCCGGCAUCAUGGGCACAGAAGAAUGCUGUGAUAAUUGCAGGUCCAGAGCCUCUUGUUUUACGGUCUCCAGUGAGUCAGAAGGUGGUUUACAGGACUUUGGGAAGCAGUCGUAUCAGCUGCUGUCUGCAGUGAGUGCCCUGGAAGAGAAGUUUGGAACUAGACUUCCCAUUCUGUUUCUCCGAGGGUCUAAUUCUCAACGCUUGCCAGACAGAUACCGAAGACACCCUCUCUUUGGUAGUGGAAAGGACUGGCCGGAGAACUGGUGGAAAUUGCUCUGCCAGCAGUUAAUGAUGGAAGGAUUCCUCAGAGAACUCGUUGGCCAUAACAAGUUUGCAACCACGUGUGUGCUUACCCAGAAGGGCAGGAAUUGGCUCUUAAAAGCUGGAUCUGACUCAAAUCCAAGUCUUCUAUUACAGUCCAGUGAAGACCUUAAUCUGCAGAAACCUCCUAGAAGCAGUAGACCCUUACCUGUGCUGUCAACCCAGCGCUCCCGAGACACAAAAGGACCAAUGUACUCACCAGUCAAGCAGAUGUCUCUGUAUGAAAUGUUUUCAUAUGAGAGAAAAACCAAAACUCCUCCGAGAAGCAAUAACAUGCUUAACAGUGUUGCAGAGCGCUCACCUAUGAAAUCGUCUCCUUUGAAGCCCCCAGAACCUGCUGUUUCAUCCCGAGAAAAAGAACUAGAGACUGCUCUGUAUGGCAAGUUGCUGACUGCUAGACAGAAGGUAGCUAAUGAGAAGGCAAUUCCUCCAGCUGUCUUGGCAACCAACAAGAUCCUGGUGGAGAUGGCCCGAAUGAGGCCUACGACUGUUGAGAAUGUGAAGAGAAUUGAUGGUGUAUCUGAAGCAAAAUCCACCAUGUUGGUCCCUCUCCUGGCUGAAAUUAAGGACUUCUGCCAAGUGAAUAGUUUGCAGACGGACACAUUCCCCACAUCUGGAUCUAAAGAUCAGAAGGAAGCAUCUCCCUGGAAGCCUGUUAGAGCUCUCUCUCCCUCAGAGCAUGUCACCUAUGUCCUCUUCCAAGAGAAAAACCUCUCUGUGAGGACUAUAAGUGAGAGCAGAUCUCUGCCUAUUUCUGAGGUCGGCGCUCACGUGUUCCAGGCGAUGAAAGCUGGCUACCCUGUCAACCUGGAGCGAGCGGGCUUGACUCCUGAAGUUCAACAGAUCAUUUCUGACGUUAUCCGCAGUCCUCCCAUUAACUCGGACACCACCAAAAUUCAAGCAAUUAGAAAACUUGUUCCUGCAAAUAUCGAGCUGUAUCUCAUCAGGAUGACUAUUGCAUUAUUGGAGAAGGAUAGAAAUAAGUCUCAGGAUGGCUCCGGUGUCAGAAGGAUGUUGGUGUGGUCGGAAGGGCAGCAGGAAAAAACAAGAGCAGAUCAAGCAAGCGGGGAAGAUGCCUUGUGGAGUAAAACAGAGGUUAGUAAAAGAAGGUAUAAAGCUGGUUUUGGAAGGGAAUGUUUCUUCUUCGUAGGAGCAGACAAAAAGCCCUUUUAUGUUGUUUCUGUUACAAGUGUGAAGAUGAGACAAAGCACUAAUCCAUCUAUCCUCUAUAAAAACAGAUUUACAGGAGCUGGGGCAGUGGAGGAAAAGCUGAAAUUCCCAGUUCUGCCUAGUAUGAAAGCUUUGAUAAGCUGGAUCCUUCAUAGACGUGGAGUCUGUGUUCUGCACUUGCCUUGCUUCCCUGCGUUGGUUCCUGAUCACCAACCCGAUGUGGGAAAGGGGAUUCUCUCGCUGUGCAGAAAGCCUUAAGAUAGCAGAAAGGUUGAGUGGAAAAGCCAGAGGCAAUGCCUGCCAGAAAUGUCUCUGUCGUUCAUGGGUUCCUCGGUGGCUCGAAACUGCUGGGCGUGGCAUGACGAUAUGAAAAGUGUUGUGCCAUAAGUCUGACUCACUGGGGAGAGAUCUCAGGAAAUAAGGAGCUCUUUGUUGCUGUUUGGGAAAAGCCAGGCUAGUGUUCUGAGCCCUCGGCUGGCCUCUCGGUGUGUCCCAAGGCCCAGUUCAGCACCUUGUACAAAGGCCACCCUGCACUGAUUGGCUCCUGGUGGGAGUGGUAAAAAAAUUCCGAAUUGUAAAUCCUAGCUGCUUGUGCUGGAUUUCCUGUCUGUUCCUUACAGGCUUUGGGCUCUACUUCUUGAACUCCAGCUCAAACAAAUUUUCAGUCCUUGCCAUUUUGCCCAACUGAUUGCUUCGUGCAUUCCUGAGUGCUGUGUUUAGACAAUGUCUGUGAGACUUCUUUUUCCUGAAGUUGACCUCCUUGCGGUCUAAUUGCAUGACCUCUAAUUACACUUUUUUCUGCUCCUGUUAGCUGCUGGAGCUAAUCAGUGACAUGUUAUUAGAAAUCAAAUUCAUAUUAUACAAAUGAGUAGACUGCAAAUCCAAAAGCUAAUCCAAAUAGUCCUUAUUUACUACUUCAGAAAAUAUCCUUGUUCUAAUAAUUCCCUGUAGCAAACAGCUUUGAAAUCUGCUAAUGAAUGUUGUUGGUUUUUAACAACCUUGCAUUACUGCUGCUUUUACAGGGUAACUUGAUCAAUCCAACAUUGAGGGAAGGAGCAGAGAAAACCCAUCUGCAAGCGGUGCCUUUGGAUUUGGUAAACAGAUGUUCUUAGUGUAACAAAGCAGGUGGUAGACUGGCCAUUAGCGAUGCUCUCAGUAACAGAUAUGUGUAGUUGAUCCAAAAAUCUCAGCUUGGCUGUUCCAACCUAUGACUGGCAGGCAUUCUAGAGAAAUUAGAAGUUAGUAUCUCUGUGCCUACUGCACCAUUUUUAACUGACACCUUUGCUGUAAAAAAGCAUUUGAAAACAAGCACUUGUGAGUCAGAAGUGUUUCAAGUUCUCAGAGCCACUGGGAUGGAGAGAGUAUCCUUCACCACUGCAAAAAAGCCCAAAUACAAGUUCCUGUUCUCUUGUGUUUAACAUGGAUGCACUUCACUUGCUCAAAUUUUAUGGUGGUGAAGUGGGUAAGAAAGAGCUAGUGAUCUCACUAAGCAGAGGUGUUGGAACUCCGUUUAUAAUUAGACUCAUUUACUUGCAAAAAAGAAA